AUGAUCUUGCUGCUAGUUUUCAUUGCUAUUUCAACUUAUUACAUCUACCACUGGACCUUCUGGAAACGUCGUGGAGUCCCUGGUCCAUGGGGUCUUCCUAUCUUUGGAAAAUCUGGAGCCAUGUUGGAUGAUCGUUUGGCUCCGCCCCUUAUCCUUCAACAAUGGACUCAAAAAUAUGGAAAGAUUUAUGGAUUCACAGAGGGAAUGCAGAAGGUUAUGGUGAUUUCGGAUCCGAAUUUGGUUCAGGAAGUUUUCGUCAAACAAUAUGAUAAUUUCUACGGAAGAAAGCAUAAUCCAGUCCAGGGAGACCCAGAUAAGGAUAAGGAUAUCCAUAUUAUAGGCGCCCAGGGAUUCAGGUGGAAACGUCUCCGUUCUAUCACUGCACCCGCUUUUUACAAUAACAGCAUCAAAAAAGUGUUGGCCACUAUGGAGGACAGUACUCACGAGUUUAUGAAGCAUUUGGAGGAAAAGGCUGGAAAUGGGCAACCCGUGAAUAUGCAUCUAUUCUUCCAAGAGUACACCAUGGAUGUGAUCAUGAGGAUUGCCAUGGGACAACCGGAUUCCAGAAUGUUCAACAAUCCAGUGUUGUAUGACUGUAAAGGGUUCUUCGAAAACAGCCGUUGGCCAAUUUGGAUGUUCAGUGGAGCCUUCCCAUUCGCCGUCACCACAUUAAAAUUCAUUUUCUUGAAACUUGGAAAAUUCGGAGCCGGUCCAUUUAUCAGAAUCCUGAAAACUGUAACGGAUGCAGUGAUGGCAAGGAUAGCUCAACGAGAAGCAGAUAAGAAGAAUGGAAUCGAACCAGGAGAGUCUCAAGACUUCAUAGAUUUGUUCUUGGAUGCAAGAGUUGAUAAUGUUGAGCAUUUCGGGGAGACCAAUGACGAGUUCCACAAAUCCACUGUAUAUGACAACCGUCAACUCACCACUGCUGAAAUCAUCAGUCAAUGUUUUGUCUUUGUGAUUGCUGGAUUUGACACAACUUCCAUCUCCCUCUCCUAUGUUGCCUAUUUCCUUGCUCUUCAUCCAGAAGUUCAAAAGAAAGUACAAGAAGAAGUAGACAAAGAAUGCCCUGAUCCUGAAAUCACUUUCGAUCAGCUUUCUAAACUGAAAUAUAUGGAAAACACCAUUAAGGAGGCACUCAGAUUGUUCCCGAUGGCGGCUUUCGCGAAUUCCCGACGCUGCAUGAGAACAACUAAAAUUGGAGAUCAAUUGGUGGAAGCUGGUGUAGAUAUUCAAUUGGAUACCUGGACACUUCAUCAUGACAAGCAGAUUUGGGGAGAGGAUGUGGAGGAGUUCAAGCCAGAAAGAUGGGAAUCCCCACUCAACCCGCAUCAAGCCUUCCUCUCCUUCGGUGCAGGACCCCGUCAAUGCCUCGGAAUGCGUCUGGCUUACUUGGAGCAGAAGAGUGUACUGGUUCAUAUGCUCCGGAAGUACAGUUUCGUUCCAAAUAUGCAAACUCAAGUUCCGAUGAAGUUGGUAGGAAGGGCCACAUCGAGACCGGAGAGUUUGAUUCUGACAUUGAAGGCGAGACAUUGA